AUGCCGCCCCCGGCCCCGUCGCCCCCCUCCCGGCCCGGCCAGGCCUUCACCAUCGCAGCCCUGCUGGGACGAGCCUCGCCCCCCCCGACCCCAACCCCGACUCCGACCCCAGCCCCGCUUUUGCCCCCCUGGGGACCCCUCCGGGACCCCCCUCCCGGUCCCACAACCCCUCCCCGGCCGCUCUGCGCCGCCUGCUGCGGACCCCCCCCAGCCUGGGCAGCUCGCCUGGGAGCCACAGGCUUCCUCCUCUCCAAGUGCUGCUUCCCCAUCCUCAAGGCCAAGGCCGGCAAGGCCAAGCGGGUGCGGACCAUCUUCACCAGCGAGCAGCUGGCCCGGCUGGAGAAGGAGUUUGCGCGGCAGCAGUACCUGGUGGGCGCCGAGCGGGGCCUCCUCGCCUCCGCCCUGCACCUCACCGAGGAGCAGGUGAAAGUCUGGUUCCAGAACCGGAGGAUCAAGUGGAGGAAGCAAAGCCUGGAGCAGCAGCAAGCCAAACUGGCCAAGAUGGGCGGCCACCCCGCAGAGGAGCCCCGACUCGCAGAGCCGCCGCGGCGAGGAGGAGCAGGACUUCCCGGCGGGGGCAGAGGACCUCCAGGAGGCCGCGGCCCCCCCUGCACAGACUGUGGCAGAGUGCUGCUGAGCCGCCCCGUCGGGAGGUUUUGUUCCGUGUAUUAUAUGUUGUUGUAUCAUAGCUGGCAGGGAGCGUAUCUAAUAUAUACCGGGCACCGGUUAUUUUUGCAGUGCGAAAAUAAAUUAUUUAUGCGAGGCUGGGUUUAGAGGAUAAAGUGGUUGUGGCUGUUCCUGGGUUCCCCCGUGGGGCUGGGAGUCCUGCCCUGCUGUGGGGUGGAUGGUUAA